CCGAGGAUCAGGACAGCACAUGCUUGCCACAGCAAAAAGGCUUCCGCGGGCCGCGCCCGCGCUGCUCCGCGGCGCCGCGCGCCGGCUAGCAGCGCCGGCGCGGGCCGACUCGAACGUCCCGUUCGCGACCAGCCUCAACGCGAGCCUCGCCGAGACGGAUCCGCAGCUCUUUGACAUUGUCGAGCAGGAGAAGCGGCGGCAGCGCUGCUCGCUUGUGCUUAUCCCGUCGGAGAACUUCGCGUCGCAGUCGGUGCUCGACGCGCUGGGGUCGGUGAUGCAGAACAAGUACUCGGAGGGCUACCCGCACGCGCGCUACUACGGCGGCAACGAGUACAUUGACAUGGCGGAGGACCUCUGCCGCUCGCGUGCGCUGGAGGCGUUUGGGGUGACGCCCGACGCGUGGGGCGUCAACGUGCAGCCGCACUCGGGCUCGCCGGCCAACUUCGCCGUCUUCUCCGCCCUGCUGCAGCCGCACGACAGGCUGAUGGGCCUCGACCUCCCGCACGGCGGCCACCUGUCGCACGGCUUCCAGACCGAGACUGGCCGCUCCAUCUCGAUGGUCUCGCGCUACUUCACCUCGAUGCCGUACCGCCUCAACGAGGCGACUGGGAUCAUCGACUACGACAAGCUGGAGGAGUCGGCCACCAUCUUCCGGCCCAAGCUCAUCAUCGCCGGCACGUCUGCGUACUCGCGCCACAUCGACUACGCGCGGAUGCGCCAGAUCUGCGACAAGGUCGGGGCGGUCCUGCUCGCAGACAUGGCGCACAUCUCCGGCCUCGUCGCAGCAAAGG